ACACACAUACAUAUAUAUGUACAUAUAUACACACAUACGUAUAUAUGUACAUAUAUACACACAUAUAUGUAUAUACACACACAUACAUAUAUAUGUAUAUACACACACGUAUGUAUAUACACACAUAUGUAUAUACACACACAUACAUAUAUGUACACAUACAUAUAUGUAUAUACACAUAUACACAUAUACACACAUGUACAUAUAUGUGUACGCAUACACAUAUGCACAUAUACACACUAUACACGUAUGUACAUAUACACGCAUAUACACAUAUAUGUACAUAUGUACACGCAUAUACACAUAUAUGUACAUAUAUACACGCAUAUACACAUAUAUGUACAUAUAUACACGCAUAUACAUAUA